GUUGCCACAUUGCUCUCAUUCCUUCACCACACAACUCUCUCCUCUCUCUCUCAUGAUUUCACCCAAUAAGGAGAGAAUCUUAUGUGUAGAACAUGUGAGAAGAGGCAUUUGAGGGAGGGGGGUAUCUCUUGAUUGUCAGCAUCCUCCCUUUCUCCCCUUCAUAUAACUCCUCAACUCAUGGAGGCCUAAAUCCACCAUCUGCACUCCUCAUACUGCAAGAAUCUCUCUCUCUCUCUCUCUCUCUCUCUCUCUCUCUCUCUCUCUCUCUCUCUCUCUCUCUCUCUCUCUCUCUCUCAAAGGAAGAGCCUCCAAGACUCCUGCAACAACGAUCUCAAGCAAAAUUUCUGGAUCAGUGACCGGAGAGGAUAUCUCUCUCCGAUAGCUAGAUGCACGAAUCCUGGUUAAGAAAAGAGUGAGCAGCAAAAGGAGAGGAAUAGCAAGUAACCGAUCAUGCAUGUCUCGCUGGUAGAGCCUUGUGGGGUGAGGCCUGCUUGAGGAGUUGAUCAAGAAGACCAUCGCAAUGAAGUACAUGAAGCUUGGGACAAAACCCAAUACAUUCUACACCGAAGAAGCAGUCAGGUCAGUUGUGUCAGACAUACCUGCCGAUCUCAUCAUCCAUGUCAACAACACCAAGUAUCAGUUACACAAGUUCCCCCUGCUCCUCAAGUGCGGCCUCCUGCAGCUCCUCUGCUCGGACACCGACGACGGCGAGGAGGAGCCCGUGCCCGUGGCGCUCCACGGCAUCCCGGACGGCGAGGAGGCCUUCGAGCUCUGCGCCAAGUUCUGCUACGGCAUGUCCAUCAGCAUCAGCGCAGGGAACCUGGUGCCGGCGAUGCUGGCGGCGCGGUUCCUCCGGAUGACGGAGGCCGUCGCCAAGGGGAACCUGGUCGCCAAGCUCGAGACCUUCUUCGACUCCUGCGUCCUGCAGGGGUGGAAGGACUCCGUCGCCGCGCUGCAGGCUGCGUGGCGGAUGUCCGGGUGGAGCGAGAGCCGCAUCGUCCAGCCCUGCAUCGACUCCAUUGUUGAGAAGAUCUUCAUGCCGCUAUCAAAGGUCAACUGGUCCUACACAUACACCAGGCCGGGGUACACAAGGAGGCCCCACCAGUCAGUCCCCAAGGACUGGUGGACGGAGGACGUCUCGGAGCUGGACAUCGAGGUGUUCCGGUCGGUCAUCUCCACCGUGCGCGCGUCGGGGCUGCUCCCACCGCCGCUCAUCGGCGAGGCGCUGCACGUCUACGCGUGCAAGCACCUCGUCGACCCACUGCAUGCCGGCGGCGGCGCUGGCGCCACCGCCAACGGCGUCCUCCUCCAGGCGCAGAGCUCGGCGGCGGGCGAGGAGACACUGACGAAGCAGAGGCGCGUGCUGGAUUCCAUCGUCACGAUGAUCCCCAGCGAGGCGGGGUCGGUCACCGGCCGGUUUCUGCUCCGUCUGCUGCGCGUGGCGAACUACGUGGGCGCGUCGUCGUCGACGCGCGCGCAGCUGAUCCGGCAGGCUGGGUCCCAGCUCGACGAGGCGAGGCCGACCGACUUGCUCGUCCCGCUGCCGUCGGACCCGCAGGUGUACGACGUCGGCGCGGCGGAGGCCGUGCUGAAGCACUUCUUGGCGCAGUUCCAGCGGCCAGCGGCGCCGGACGAGCGUCGGCGCAUGAGCGCCGCCAUGGAGAAGGUGGCCAGGAUCUUCGACGAGUACCUGCGAACCAUCGCGCUUGACCGCGAUUUCCCCGUUGGCAAGUUCGUCGAUCUCGCCGAAUGCUUGCCGGACAUCGCCCGCAGUAACCACGACGGCCUCUACUAUGCCAUCGACACCUAUCUCAAGGAGCACCCGGAGCUGAGCAAGGUGGAAAAGAAGCGGCUGUGCCGGCUGAUCGACUGCCGGAAGCUGUCGCCGGACGUGCGGGCGCAGGCGAUAUCCAACGACCGGAUGCCACUGCGCACCAUCGUACAGCUGCUCUUCGUCGAGCAGGAGAGGUCCAUCGGCGGCGGCGUCGCACCGGACCGGGCCUCCGUCGACGCCUUCUCUCGGCUCGCUGCAAGAACCAAGGAGGACGAACCGGCGCUGUCGUACGCCGACCACAAGUCAGACGUGCACCGGCCGCACGGUGACCGUGCCCGGGUGGCGGACGGAGCGACUAUGACGAGGUCGCUAUCGGCGUCGGCUAAGACGGCGGCAGCGGCGAGGAAGGAGAGGACAUCGGAGGAGAGGGGGAGCAGGAUGAGGAACUAGCAGUGAACGAAGAAGUGAAUUGUGCUUCCAAUUUGUUCAUACUUGUGAUUCUUGUUUCUUUUCUUUUGAUUUCAGUGAUCCCAUUUUUGGUGGGAGAUGUAAGAGGCAUCCUUGUUCGAACUUCAAAGAAAAUGAGAGGUAGAUUUUGUAAUUAAAAUGGAUUUUAGAUCAAUAAGUUGCUACAGUAAUACAAUUUAGGAUGAAGAAAAGGUUCAUGUUCA